AUGUCCCAAGAACCCGACCACGAGUACCUCCGACAGUACCUCCGACUGGUCAUAAUUCACUCCCUCGAUCACAACAACCUCCGAAAUGCCGAAUUUGCCGCCGAACGGCUUUUAGCCAUGGAUCAAGGCGAUAAUGAUUCGCUUCAUCUCUACUGCCAAACGCUCUUUCGACAGCGGCGAUUCAUGGCCGUUUACAAUCGGACCCAAAAUGUUCGAAACCACAUUGGUUGUGCUUAUUUGUUUGCCCAGCUGUGUUUGGAGUUGGAAAAAUACAAAGAGGGUAUAUUUGUGUUGCUGCGAGUGAUUACGAUUUCAGACGACGAAUUGUCGUCGCCUAAAAAUGCACAAGAACCAUUUUCAGCUUUCAGUGCCCGUUCUCAUGAACCUCCUGCUUCCACUGCUGACUUUUCUUCUCCUUACCGGCGCUACACCUACGAGAAUUCUCGCUCAGUCACACCUGAUUCUUCGGUUGUUCACCACUGUCUCGCAGACCUUUAUUCAGGCUUGGGCGACGUGAAAAAUGCUGCUUUACACUACACACACACGGUCCGUCUCAACCCAUUCGACUUCACGGCGUUCGAAAAGGUCGCUAAACUAGGCGUGAAAGUUAGAGUUGGGCAAUUGUUCAAACCAGAAGCCGCACCCACCGCCUCGGUUUCAGCGUAUAGUGCUCCCACAACCCAACCUCCAGGCCAGCCACAAACUCAAAACGACCCAGCUACUCCGUAUCCCCAUAACCCGUUCACCACAGACCUUCUGACACCGCGGAUCCGCUCGGCAGUGCCGCCAGAUGCUCCAAUACGACGUCCUACCGAGCGGUUUGAAUUCACAAAACCGUCGUUUCCCGACCAUCGAAAGGGCUCAGCGAUCACUUCGAGACUUGUAUCGCAGCCGCUACACAGCGACAGCCGUCGAAGCUUGAAGAGAAACAAUUCUAGCUCAAUUGCAAAUUCGAGCCCAGAACCCACCCGGCUCAAUAUUUUCGCCAGCAAAGAAAUUGAACAUUGCGACAAGGCUCUACUAGAGUUGUAUGCCACUUUUGCGCGAGCUUUCAAAAGCUUGUGUAAAUACGACUGUUACAAGGCAAUUCGUACCAUCGAUGAGUUACCAGCUCACGAGAAAGAAACUCCCUGGGUGCUCAGCAAAUUGGGUCGACUUCACUACGAAAUCGUCAACCACCGCCAGUCCGAACACUACUUUGUGCAAUUGAGAUCCAUAGACCGGACUCGUCUCGAAGACAUGGAAUACUACCUGACUCUCUUGUGGCAUCUUCAUAAAAAAGUCGAUCUUACGUACCUUGCUGAUGAAUUGCACGAAGUGGAUGCAAAGUCGCCUAUCACCUGGUGUGUCGUGGGUAACCUUUUCUCGCUAAACCGAGACACCGACGACGCCAUUAGCUGUUUCAACAAGGCUAUUCGUGCCGACCGAAAAUUCACUUACGCUUACACACUCAAAGGCCAUGAAUAUUUCGGCAACGACAACUAUGAAAUGGCACUCGAGAACUUUCGAACGAGCUUGCUAAUAGAUCCUCGUCACUAUAAUGCCCUAUACGGAAUCGGAAUGGUGUACAUUAACCUAGGAGACUUCCAACGAGCCGAUUACCAUUUCCGCAAAGCAGUGAGUAUCAACCCUAUUAAUAUCAUUUUGAUCUGCUGCAUGGGUAUGGUUCUUGAAAAAGUCGGCAAACGUCACCUAGCUCUUCGUCAAUACGAGCUUGCUACAAAACUUCAGCCUAAUAAUCCACUACCAAUUUUCAAAAAAGCUCAACUUUUGUUCACCAUGCAACAAUACUCACAAGCGCUUGCGGCCUUUGAAAUCCUACGAGACUUGGCACCCGACGAAGCCUCUGUCCGGUUUUUGCUCGGGCAGUUGUACAACAUACAAAACGAAAAAGCUAAGGCUGUCAGAGAAUUCACCAUAGCACUGAACUUGGAUCCCAAAGGUAAUUAUUUGAUUCGCGAAGCCAUGGAACUGAUGUAA